AAAUGCAACUCAAAUCCAUGAAGAGUUGAUGAAUGUAGAAGGAGAACAAGCAUUAUCUAUCAGCAUAAUUAGAUGCUGGAUUGCUAUGUUCAAAAACAGAGAAGAAGAAAUUAAAGAUAAUGCCCAUUCUGGAUGUUCUCAUGAAGUAGUGAUAUCAGAAAAAAUUUCCAGAAUCGAGGAUCUUGUUAGUGAUGACUCACAUAUUUCUAUUAAAGAAUUAACUAAUAAAGUUGGUAUUUUCCGUGAAAGAAUUUCUUAUAUUUUGCAUGAAGAGCUGAAUCUUCACAAACUCUAUGCAAAAUAG